GGAGGCGCGAGGAUGUUCGGCGUGGUAUGCCGACGCAACUGGGCCCUACGGCUCUCGAUCGUUCUCAACGUCUGCGUGCUCCUGUACGUGUGCGCGCACUUCGGAGCCGUAUCCGGACCCUGGAUCGAGGAGGGCUCCGGCUGGGGUAGCUCGGGGCCCGCGCCAUCCCAGGAGAUGAUGUACGGCACGGUACCGCGGCUCAACGGCACGGCGACGGCUUCGGCCCCAGCGGAGCCGCGCUCGGCGUUACCCGCAGCUCGGCAGCAGGAGUCCAAACAGCCGGGACCGGCGCCCGAGCCCGUGCGCUUCAAGGUCAACGAGACCAAAUCACCGCCCGAGGCUGCCGAAUCCGAGGAAGCCGAGCAACGACCCGAUCGGACGGCUAACGGGAAUAUUAAGAAGGAAUUAACAUUGCAAGAAGCGAUACUCUGCAAUGACAAAUCAACGGAGCCAAAAACAGCCCAACGAGGCGAUUAUUGGGUACUUUACAAUUACGUCCCUAUGAGCAUGAAGGUACACUGCUGGGAGAGUGUGACCUAUACGACUCACGCGGACUACACGUUCCUGGACAAUCUGGAGCCGCUGUUGGAGCGCUGGCGGGGCCCGAUAUCCAUCGCUCUGCACGCCCCCGGUACCGACUUCCCCGCGACCAUCGAGGCCAUCAAGCACGCCCGGAGCUGCGGGAGUCCACUGGUCGCCCAGCUUGUCACCUUCCACGUCUACUUCAGCAGCAAACACGUGCCAAAAAUGAUCCCGGUGGGCGAGAAGGUCGCCUCAGAACGAGCCAACUGCAGCAAAGCCGCGCCCUGGAUUAACGUCAAUGUCGGCCGGAUGUACAAGAGCGAGCGUAAGCUCCUGUACCCGGUGAACGUCGGCCGCAACGUGGCCCGGGAGUCCUCGCCGACCCACUAUAUCCUCGCGAGCGACAUCGAGCUCUACCCGAGUCCCGAUCUGCCGGUCAAGUUCCUCGAGAUGAUUAGGAAGAGCGACCAGCCGGCCCUGCUCAGGCCCAAUCCCAAGGUCUUCGUCCUGUCGAUAUUCGAGGUCGACGAGAAGAGCCAACCACCUGCCAAUAAGAGCAUCCUGAUACGGAUGCUGAAGAUGGGCACGGCGAUACCUUUUCACAAGAAGCUCUGCGCCGGCUGCCACAACGUGCCCAGGAGCAAGGAAUGGCAAGAGGCCCCGGAGACCAACGGCCUUCACGUCUUCCACGUCGGCAAGCGUACGGGGAACUUCGUGCACUGGGAGCCUAUCUACAUCGGUACCAACGACGAUCCCCUUUACGACGAGCGCCUCAGCUGGGAGGGCAAGAGCGACAAGAUGACGCAGGGUUACGCGCUCUGCGUCCUCGACUACGACUUCCUAAUCGUCGACAAUGCCUUCCUGGUGCAUCGCCCGGGCAUCAAGAUAUUCAAGAAGGACAACUACAGGGACACGCUCACGGCUAAGACCAACGUACUGAUAAAGAAGAUCAUCGUGCCGGAGCUCAAGGUCCUCUACGGCACGAGGAAAGGCUGCGCCGUAUAGUAGUGCCAAAACCUC